UCCGGGCCACACCAUCCUACGGGGAUAUGUCAAAACAUUUUUUUCUUAUUCGAGGGGGAAUUCUUAUGCACGUUCUGGUCUCCACGGCUGUCCAUGCCCACAAAUUAAACUGUUGGCUUCUCUAGGGAAUAGUUUCAUUAUACUUUAGUUUAUCAUGGCCUAUACCAUGCUUCGGCCGGUGGCAACUUACCCCUUCUCCUCAUAUCCUCCUGACUUCAACAUGAUGUCGGACGACGAGGGGAACCGCAGCGAGAGCGACGGCAGCUCGGACCAGAGCUAUGGAUGCUGUGCCUCUUCAGAGAAAACUUGUCGGCAGAUUUCCCGCGUGGUGGGAGUCGGUGGGGUUGUUGUGGUCAAACAGCGCAACACAGCCAACGCCAGGGAGCGAGACCGGACCCAAAGCGUCAACACCGCCUUCACCGCGCUCCGGACACUCAUACCCACGGAGCCGGUGGACAGAAAGCUCUCCAAAAUUGAAACGCUCCGGUUGGCGUCCAGCUACAUCUCGCACUUGGCCAACAUUCUUGUCCUUGGGGACGGGUGCGAGGAUGGGCAGCCGUGCUUGAGUGCAGUGUAUCGCGUGCAAGGAGAUGGCGAGGGGAAGCAACCCAGAACAAUCUGCACCUUUUGCUUGAGCAACCAGCGGAAAGGGGGGAAAGAUGGUCGGGGUUGUCUGAAAAUGCAUGCAACCCGUGCACUACGAAUGAGCCGAAGAUAGACAACUCUCAAAUUCCAAGGAUGGUUUAGUUCAAGUCCGCACCUCAGGGAAAAACUCCAGCUAUCACACCUACUCCUACACAGACCGACACAUAGGCCAGAAUGCCUUCGAACUGCGGAAAAAGACUGUAAAAAAUAUGACUGUCAAAAAAAGAAUGUUCCUCUCAUAAUGCUGGUUUGGUGAAAUGUGAUUUUGGAGGAACAAAUGAGACUAUUUGGUUGCCUUUUCAACACCAUUUUGUAUUUUGCGUUGAAAUUAAAUAUAUUUU